UCGGUAUAAACUGGGCCAUUGAUGAAUAUUGAAGCAAUAAAGAAUUAUGAGAUUUAUUGCCAUCUCAAUUACUAUGCAAUAAUACAUUAUUCCUCUUGCUUUCGUAUAUAAAAGGCAAUUAUGGUACGAUAUUUUCUUAAAUUUUCGUACAUUGGUACACAAUACAGGGGUUUGCAGAGACAAACUGGCGACAGUUUUAUACGGGACACAGAUUCUGUUCAAGGUGCUCUGGAAACUGCUUUAUUAACCAUCAUACCAAGAAGCCUGGUUAGACCAUCCAUAUGUCUUUCUAGCAGAACAGAUGCUGGAGUUCACGCUUUAUGCAACACAUGUCAUGUGGAACUUGAAAAUAAGUAUGGUCGUUUAUAUAAUACAUCAGAUAUAAAAAAAUAUGUUAACCGUUAUUUUGCCAAAUGUGGUCAUACCAUCAGAUUGCUGGAUUGUAUACCUGUCACAUAUGAUUUUCACACAAGGCAUUCUGUAAAAUCUCGAACUUAUAUAUAUAGAUUUAUGAUACCGAAAGAAUCUGAGGAGCAACGGAUAUCCCUUGCAGAAGCGAUACAUACUCACCAUCUUAGAGCAUAUGAUUUCGAUAUAGAUAGAGCGAAACGUGGUAUAAAAUUGUUUAUGGGAACAAAGGACUUUACUACGUUUAGUGCAAAAAAUGAGACAAAGCAUAAAAUCCAAUAUAUACGUUCCUUACAUUCUUUCACUUUGGAAGAGGCGCAGCCUUUAAUGCCGUUUGAUCCACUGUCCGAAAAUUUUACAUAUUGGCACUUUAUAUGCAGUGGAAAAUCUUUCUUGUACAAUCAGAUAAGACGAAUGGUCGGUGCUCUAUUUGCAUUAGGAUUAGGGAAAAUAACAGAGAAAGAUAUUACUGUGAUGUUACAAGUUCCUUCUCAUCAUAACUGGAAUCCUCGUGUUACACUUGCAUCACCGAAUGGCUUACAUCUAUUGAAUGUAGAAUACGAUCCAGAUGAAUUAAGAUAUUGUACCAUACUAGAAGAACAAAAAGAGAAACUGCAGUUGGAAGAACAAGAACAGGAAUUACAGUUGGAAGAGCAAAAGCAGAAACUUCAAUUGAAAGAAUGAAAAAAGAAAAAUAAUUGUUUAAGUAUUAGAACAUCGCAAUAGCUGCAAAAUAUUAUUUUAUGUGGUAAAAGAUGUGGAAACAAGAAUUUUCUCUCUUAACAAAAUAUAUCGUAUUUCAUAUGGUUUCUGAUGCAAGUAUAUCUGAAAAGUAAAAAUUAUUAUUAAC